AAAACAAAACUCUUAACAAAAUCUUAAUUUUUCUCUUUGUCUCCUUUUCUCUUUAUAAUCCAACCCAAAAAAAAAUGAGUGUUGAUAGUUUUAAUGGCAGUCCUUGUAGAAAUGCUAGGAGCUUUACAAUACAGCUCUUAACGGGGCGAUUUUUCGUUGUAUUUUCGACGCUUAUAAUCCUUGCUUUUAUAGGUGCUACAUACAUAUUUGGUCUAUACUCAGGUGACAUAAAAACAACACUUGGGUAUGAUCAAACAACACUUAAUCUCCUAAGUUUUUUCAAAGAUCUUGGGGCUUAUUUUAGCCCUCAUGCUGGGUUACUUAUGGAAGUGGUCCCACCUUGGGCUGUUCUUUCAUUAGGUUCUUUAAUAAAUUUUUUUGGGUAUUUUAUGAUUUGGCUUUUUGUCACACAUAAAAUCUCUCGUCCUCCUGUUUGGUUGAUGUGUUUGUACAUAACUAUUGGUACUAACUCUUUAGGGUUUGCCAACACCGGAGGACUUGUUCCUAGUGUUCAAAACUUCCCUGAAAAUCGAGGGGUUGUAAUUGGGAUUUUGAAGUCAUAUUUAGGGAUUGGUGGUGCUAUUAUGACACAAUUUUACCAUGCUAUAUAUGGUAAUGACAACAAUGGGGAAGGUGUGAUUUUGAUCAUCGCGUGGUUACCUGCCCUCGUGUUGUUGCUCUUUGCGUUUAGCAUAAGAGUUAUAAAAGAAACCGGUAGGCAAAUAAACAGAGAGAAGAAAUUCUUCUAUCAUAUUCUCUAUAUGUCUCUUGCCAUGGCAGGGUUCAUUAUGGUGAUGAUCAUAGUACAAAAACAAGUUAAUUUCAGUAAAGCUGCUUAUAGUGGUAGUUAUGCUGUCAUAAUGAUCCUCCUUGUUCUACCUAUCUUUUUAGUCUUUAGAGAAGAGUAUGCUAUUUGGAAAACUAAGCUUGAAGCCCGUAAUGCUUCCAAUACCCUCUCUGAGCUCAAAAUCGUACCAAAACAAUAUGAAACUCUAACAAACCAUCGAACUAACACAAACGAAUCCCCUUCAGAAGUACUUUGGCAUCAAAGUAUCUUUCGCCCUCCACCUAUCGGAGAUAACCACUCAAUCUUACAAGCAACUUUUAGUAUUGACAUGCAAAUUUUAUUCCUAGCAACAAUUUGUGGUAUAGGAGGGAACUUAGCCACUAUAGAUAACUUAGGUCAAAUUGGGGCCUCAUUAGGAUACCCAAAGAAAAGUAUAAGCACAUUUGUGUCCUUAGUUUCUAUAUGGCAAUUUCUAGGCCGUGUCAUGGGAGGACUCAUCUCAGAGCGUUUAUUAGCCAAAUACAAAUGGCCUAGACCCGCCUGCCUGACCAUUAUCUUACUUAUAUCAUGUAUUGCCCACCUUCUUAUCGCCUUCAACGUGCCUCAUGGCCUAUAUGUUGCAUCAAUUAUAAUGGGAUUCUGUUUUGGGGCAGAGUGGACGUACCUAUUCACCAUAAUAUCUGAACUCUUUGGGCUUAGACAUUAUGGUACGUUGUAUAAUUAUGGUUCAUUGGCUGCGCCAUUGGGGUCAUUCAUAUUCAAUGUUAGGGUCGCGGGACAUUUGUAUGAUCGCGAGGGAUUAAGACAACUCGCGGCAUUGGGACUGACUAGGAAGCAUGGGGAAGAGUUGCGUUGUAGUGGUGUUAAGUGUUAUCAAUUGGCUUAUAUCAUAAUUACCGUGGCUACGUGUACUACUGCACUUGUGUCUUUGAUUCUUGUGGCUAGAACUAGAAAGUUUUACCAAGGGGAUAUUUAUAAGAGGUACCAAGAUGAUGAAAAUGAUUCUUUAAGUAAUAAUGGGUUGAGAGAAACUUCUUAAAGAAAGGAAGAAGAGAUCAAUUGAAGCUUUUGUUACUAUAAAUAGAUAUGUGGUAGUUACUAUAAUGAGUAUAUUGAUAAGCAAAUCCUUGUAUUCAAACAAUUUUAUUUAAGUGUCAUCUUAUGUAAAAUAUGAAGAAAACUCUUCUUAUCCAUGUAACUUGCAUAUUAUUAGAAUUUA